UGUUUUGCAAGCCAGAUAGUAUUAUUAUUAUUAUGUAUUAAGCUGAAUUAGGGUAGAACAACAUGCUAUCUGCGUAUCCUGCACAGAUCAUUUUGGACAUUUUUUUCCCGUACAUAACAAUUGGCAGAACAAUAAUUUACUUUCGAAACGAAUUAGACUGUUCCGAGCUGGUCACCGUCAGAUGCUUUCUGAAGCGUAUGACAUGGAUGCCGCCACAAUACUCAUCACAAUAGUGUGAGUGAGCGGUUGCUCCGCCGUUGGCCGCCGCUGCCGAGUGGAGCCAAUUUCAGAUCCACGCGUCGGGCGUUUGGCUGCGGAACGUUGCGGCAGAGAGGAUCCUGCGGGGUGCGGGUUAGUGUAGUAAUGGCACGACGACGAUCGAAGCAGCUUGCAGCUGUAAAGAGGAUAUUUGUAUGAUCGGGAAAAAAUAUAUAUUUGAGGCUGCAGAAAGGAAGCAUGCUUGUGCUUGGCGAGUAGAAAAAAACAAAAAGGAAGGCGUUCGCGGGCAACGGAGGAGAGUAUACUACUGACCACAGUGGAUGUCUGACCGUUGGCAAAUGUGUGAGUGUGUGUGGAUGCGUGGGAUACAUCGAUUCCAAUGUUGGCAGGAGGGGUAGGCAGCAGGCUAGCUAGCUAGAUAGAUCCCUGACCCUGACCCCUCCCGCUGAAGAGCGCUCACGCCUUCAACGCGGCUGCAGGAUCGGCAGGAGCAGAAGCCAUCAGCAGCAGCAGAAGAAGCUCGUCAGUGGUGCGCAGGGGGUCAGCAGUGGUGCGAGCUGCUGCAGGCUGCAGGGCAGGCGGCAGCGGCAGGGACGGGGGCAACAAGACAAGCGGGGGAAGAGGAAGCCAAUUGGAAAUCCCACCGCCAAAGAUAGAUAGGGAGUGAUCGAGAAGAUCUCACAGAGGAAUUUCAGUGUCCCCACUCCGCCCACUUAUAUUCAUAAAACCACCCCACCCACCCCUUUCUUUUCUCUUCUUUUCCUAUCCUAUCCUUUCUCUCUCUCUUGCAACCUUCCUCCUUCCUCCAGUUCCAGAGGAGAGAGACGCGAGAAGCUUUCUCGCUCUACUAGUCUCUCUCUACCAUCCCUUUUCUUCUUCCUCUCCUCUCUCUCUUCCAUGUCACUGUCCUAGGCUGAAGAAAUCGCAAUAAAAAUCGCUAGACUAGCAGCAGCAGCAGGGCAGGAAGCGAGGUAAGGGGAGGAAAAAGACGAGCGAAAAGGGGGUGUUAGAGUUCCCCACUGAAGGCUGAGAGUAGAUAUUGAUGAUGAUCAUGAUGAUGAUAGGAACAGGACCAGGUAUAUAGGGUAGGGGAGAGAGGAAGCCAGUGAUUAGGGGGGUAGAUAGAGAGAGAGACAGGACGCUCUACUGCACUAGCUGCGCAACUCAGAGAAGAUACUCCAAUACCCUCUUGGCGUGGGCGGAGAACCAGCAGCAAGUUCAGCUCAGCUCAGCUGGGAGGUGCCGCAGGAGGAAGAGGAGGAGGAGAUUUUUAUUCGGACCGGAUCCACUGCGCGUAGCGUAGCCUCCUUUUCACUCCUACCUGCUGCCGGCCGCUGCCUGCCGCUGCUGCCGUAACGAAAUCUACAGCGGCGCAAGCAGCGAAAUUUUAAAUCUUUGCGGCUGCUCCGACCGCAGCGAAGCAGCUCCCCACUCUCUCUCCGCUGCUGCCUCCGCGGACGGAUUCCAUCCCCGGCCCUAUAAGUGUGGCUUCGGGACGGCGCUUCCCAUCCGACACCGGCGCCUUCGCGGACUGGGUCGCCUCCUCCGCCGCCGCGGCGCGCGGGGACGACCUCUCCCUCGGCUUCAAUGCCAGCGCGGCGGCCGCCGCGGCCGCGGCCGCCUCCGGCGCCUCGCUGGGCGCGGGCCUCUGGGGCCCGGCGUCCUCCGCCUCCGCCGCCAUGCGCCAGGCGGCCGCCAUGAACUACGGGAUGGCCGACGUGGGGAUGGUCGUCGUCGCGCCCGCCGCCUCCUUCCACCACACGCACCACCACCACCACCACCACGAGGCCGCCGCCGCCGCCGCCGCGGCUGCGGCGGCCUCCGGCGACCCCAUCUUCCCGCUGCUCUCCGGCGGCCCCUGCGUGCUUGAUCCGGACAAGUCGGCCUCCGCCAGCGCCAUCCAGUUCUGGCAGCAGCAGCCUCCGCCGCCGUCGUCGCCGGCUGCUGCAGCGGGCGCUAACCCUAACCCUAGCGCCAGCCCCUUCGCCUACCUCAAGAAGCCCCUCCCGAUGCUGGACGCCGGCGCCGGCUCCUCAGGCUCCGGCGCCACCACGUGCCAGGACUGCGGCAACCAAGCGAAGAAGGACUGCGGCCACAACCGGUGCCGCACCUGCUGCAAGAGCCGCGGCUUCGACUGCAACACGCACGUCAAGAGCACCUGGGUCCCCGCCGCCCGCCGCCGCGAGCGCCAGCAGCUCGCCGCCUCCGGCUCCGCCUCGUCCUCCCCCGCCACCGCCUCCGCGGCGGCCGUCGCCGCGUCCGCGUCCGCGUCCGCGUCCAAGAAGCCCCGCCUCCUCUCGUCGCAGACCACCACCUCGCACACGUCCACCUCCAACGCCACGACGCCCCGAAGCUUCGACACCACGUCCAGCCACCAAGACGCGUCGUUCAGGGACAGCCUCCCGAGGCAGGUGCGCGCGCCGGCGGUGUUCAAGUGCGUGCGCGUGACGUCCAUCGAGGACGGCGAGGACGAGUACGCGUACCAGGCGACGGUCACCAUCAACGGCCACCUCUUCAAGGGGUUCCUGUACGACCAGGGCCCCGACGACGGGCGCCACGCGGCCACCAGCAACGACGACUGCACGGCCGGCGGGGUGCCCAACAUCUCCGAGCUCCAUCUCGGAGCGGCGUCUGGUUCCGGCGCCGGCACCGGCACCUCGAUGUCGAUGGCUCCUCCCACGGGGCUGUACGGUGGCGGUGGCGGAGGACAUCAUCCGCACAUUCUCGGCGGGUCGUCGAGCUACGGUAACACCAUGAACUGAUGGAGUACGUUCCUUCCUUGUACACCGGAAGAGUCCCGGCCCGUUAAUUUCCAUUCCUUGUUGCUCUUCAUUUUCCACGCUAUAGUAGCAGAGUUCAAUUUUCUCAGCCUUGUCACUCACCCGGCGCCAUAGAUAGCAGGGCAUCAAUGCAUGGUGUUAUUCUGUUCUACCUCCUUCAUUCCAUCGUCCUACUGUGUUAUUUAGCCAUUCGUUGGUGUAUAAUAACAUCGAUGAGUUGUUUUUUCUUCUUCU